ACUGUCCAAUCAGUCUGUGCCUAAACUCUUGCUUUAGACCUUGUAGCAUUGUCUCCAAGCAGAUCCCACUGCAAAGAGGGUUUUCCAGCUGGAAGAAACCUCCAGCAGGAAAUUCACACAGGCAACACACUUUGAAGGAAUGCCAGGAAGCAAUUGCACCCAAGCAACUGAGUUCAGCUUUGUGGGAUUCACCAAGGACCCGGCAACUCAGGACUUCUUCCUGCUGUUCCUGCUCACCUGCCUCGUCACCAUCCUGGGGAACUUGGGGAUGAUCACCUUGAUCAGAGCCAGCCCCCUGCUCCACUGCCCCAUGUACUAUUUCCUGGGCAAGCUGGCUUUUGUGAACCUCUGCACUUCCACCAUCGUCACCCCCAGGAUGCUGGUUGGGGUUUUGCUGGGGAAGAAGGGAACAGCCCAUGCCGGGUGCAUGGCUCAGGUGUUUCCUUUUGGCCCGUUUGUGGCCACUGAGUGCUUCCUGCUGGCUAUGAUGGCCUAUGACCCAUACCUGGCUGUUUGCCACCUGCUGCUCUACACCCUUGUUGUGUCCCCAGGGCGCUGCUCCCGGCUGCUGGCCAGGUCCUACCUCCUGGGGCUGGCCAGCUUGUUCUUCUGCAGCUCCAGAGCCGUCCAUCUGUCCCUCUGUGACAUCUCCCUGCUGAUCUCACUCUCCACCUCUGACACCACCCUCAGCCUUGUCAUCCUGAGGGCCUCUUCAUCUUGGCUCGGUGUUCCCAGCGUGCUGGUGGUCCCGGUGUCCUACGUGGCCAUCAUUGAAAUAUCCCCCCUGCAGCCCCCCAAAGUUCCUAUGCUAGCUCAGAUCCCAGAAGGCUUUGGAGGAAUAUCUCAGGGACAGGGCAAAGGAUUCCAAAUGAGGCUCUAACCCCCAGAUGUAGUCCAAGACCUUUAUUCCAGGUUUCCAGGGGGGGAAAGAGGAAGAAUGAGGAAGAAGAGGGCUUUAUCUAGGCUCCUGCUAAGGAGGGAUGAUUGGAACUCAGCCAAUAAGGUCAGAAAGGGGAGGAAGGGUUAAACUACAUGGUUACAGGCCCCAGGGGUCUCUGGGGAGGGACAAACCAUUUCCCACAGAAAUACAACACAUCAUCUCCACCAUCCUGAGCAUCAGCUCAGCUGAGGGCAAGGGCAAAGCCUUCUCCACCUGUGCCUACCCCUCGCCACUGUCAGCACCUUCCAUGG